AUGAACAACAACCUCCGCGACCCCUUCAACCUGCGAAGGAACCUCAUCAGCAACCGCGCCCCGACUGCCGCAGCCGCGCUGACCCAGCUCAACCUCCUGCGCGCGACCGCCACCGAGGUCGCCACUCAGGUCACCGAGAAGGUCCAAGAGACUGCGGCCGAGGCCAUCGAGCGCGGCAGGCAGGCCGUCGAGGACCUCAACACCAACCUGCGCGAGCGGGAACUGCGCGAACAGCAGGCCGCCGGCAAGAAAGACGAGGAUAUGUCGUUCGCGGUCCCGAAAAAUGUCCCCUCCUUUAACAACCCCCAGCGAGCCCUAGAGGACCGAGUGUGGGGAUCGACCGGUGUGACGGCGAGGACGGCCGGGCAACGUGGUGGGGCGGUUGGAGGGAUAGUAGGCGAGGGCCUCGGAAAGGUCGAAAACUUCCUGAAUCCGAACAGGAACUCGCUCCCCUUGUACAAGGACAAGCCCUACGGAUACCCUGCCAGCCACCGAAAGAGGCCCUUCUACCGGCGCAAGACCUGCAUGGCUAUCGCACUCUUCCUCGUGGUCCUGGUGGCCUACUGGUUCGGCAUCUUCGGCGAGGAGCCGUACGACAGGCUGCCCUCGCUGAAGACGGCGGACUGGCUGAGGGCGGAUGAGAAGGCGGCAGCGAAGGGCAGGGUUGACUGGCUGGAGCGAAGACAAAGGGUGGUCGAGGCCUUCGAGCUGAGUUGGGAUGCGUACGAGCGGUACGGCUGGGGCUAUGACGAAUACCACCCGAUAUCGAAGAGCGGAAAACACAUGGCAAAGAAGGGCCUGGGCUGGAUCAUAGUCGACGCACUCGAUACGAUGAUACUCAUGAACCUGACCAGUCGCCUUACCCACGCGAGGGAGUGGAUAUCAACAACCCUCACCUACGACCAGGACCAGGAUGUGAAUACUUUUGAGACCACCAUUCGGAUGAUGGGUGGCCUGCUGUCCGCGCAUUACCUAUCGACCGAGUUCCCCGAGCUGGCGGCAAUAUCAGACGACGAUGAAGGGGCACCAGGGGAGGACCUCUACCUUGAGAAGGCAAAGGACCUAGCGGACCGCCUGAUUCCAGCGUUCGACUCGGAAUCCGGAGUCCCUUACGCGAGUGUAAACCUGGGCAAGUUCGAAGGUCUGCCGUCCCACGACGACGGUGGCGCUUCAUCGACUGCCGAGGCCGCCACCCUGCAGCUGGAAUUCAAGUACCUGGCAAAGUUGACAGGUGAGAAGAUGUUCUGGGACAAGGCCGAGAAAGUCAUGCAGGUUCUCGAUGACAACGGUCCCAAGGACGGUCUUGUCCCGAUCUACGUGUACGCCAACACCGGCAAAUUCCGCGGCAAUAACAUCCGCCUGGGGAGCCGCGGCGACUCCUACUACGAAUAUCUCAUCAAGCAAUAUCUGCAGACCAACAAGGGAGAGCCCAUCUACCUGGACAUGUGGGAGCAGGCACUCCAGGGCGUACGGAAGAAUCUCGUCACGUACACCGAGCACUCGCAGUUCACCAUCAUCGGCGAGAAGGUCAACGGCGUCGACGGCGAGCUCAGUCCGAAGAUGGACCACCUCGUGUGCUUCAUGCCAGGGACCAUCGCCCUGGGCGCGACGGACGGCCUGACGGAGGCCGAGGCCAGGAAGCUGCCGUCGUGGAACGCGCAGAAGGAGAAGGACAUGCAGCUCGCGCGCGAGCUGAUGCAGACGUGCUGGGGUACGUACAAGGCCAUGGCGACGGGGCUGGCUGCGGAGAUCACGUAUUUCAAGAUUGCGUCGCCGCCUCCCCCGGAGGAAAAGGCGCACCGGGCGCCGGAGGAGUUCGACCCGGACCCGGAGGCUGCGUGGCGCAAGGACUUUGUCAUCAAGAGCCAGGACACGCACAACCUGCAGCGGCCCGAGACGGUGGAAUCGCUCUUCUACAUGUGGCGGAUCACGGGCGACCAGCGGUACCGCGACUGGGGGUGGGAGAUGUUCAAGAGCUUCAUGAACCACACGGCGGUGGCUGAGGGCGGCGGGUUCACGUCGCUGUCCAACGCCAACGUGGUGCCGCCCACGACGCGCGACAACAUGGAGAGCUUCUGGCUGGCCGAGACGCUCAAGUACUUCUUCCUGCUCUUCUCGCCCGACGACCUGCUGCCGCUCGACAAGAUCGUCAUCAAUACCGAGGCGCACCCGCUGCCGAGGUUCGACAUGGGCCCGAUGUUCUCGACCGGCUGGAAGAGGAAGCCACGGGACGCUGACGGGCACAUCCUGGAGACGAGGGAGGAGGCCAAGGCUGAGGAGGCCAAGAAGGACUAA